AUGGAAAACUUUCAAGACAAGAAACGUAAUCGAAAUAUGGAUGAAUUAUCGCAUCAAUAUAAUUCUGAUUAUAAUUUAUUACACCAAAAACAUUUGAAAUUGAUAAAUGAAAAAAAUAAUAAAGCCGCAUUUGUUGAAAAUUUGAUUGAUGCGACUCGUUUAAUAUUAGAGGUGAUUUGGCCUGGUUGUGACAAUACAAAAUCAAAUUUAUUAUCUUUAAAAACCUUUUUGGAAGAAAUUUUAAAAAGAUCAAGAACUUCAUGUUCAACCCUUCAAACUGCAUUAUUUUACUUAAUUAGAAUUAGGCCGAAGAUUGAAAUAUUAAAAGAACAAAUUUAUAAAAUAUCUCCAACAGCGCCUAUAACGACAAUACUUUGUUGCAGAAGAAUGUUUUUAAUUUCGUUGAUAAUUGCAUCAAAAUAUCUCCAAGAUCGUAAUCACUCCAACAAAGCUUGGUCGAAAAUAACUGGUCUAGCUGUCAAAGAAAUUAAUUCUUAUGAAAUAUUUUUUCUGCGAUUGAUCAAUUACAAUUUAUACGUCACAUAUGACUCUUUUGAAAAUUGGUGCGUUUUAUUGUUAAGCAAUAUUCGAUCGAUAUCAGGCGAAGGGUUCAUACAACAUGACGGCUUCAAGAAGUUAGAAAAUCAAGACAAAGUAAAUUCAUUCAGAGAGAUUUUAAAUUCAUUAAAUAUAGAAAGUUUAUAA